AUGAAUCGGCAGUCCGCUUCGGUCUGGGAGUUGAAGUUGAACCGUCCAGCAGGGAUGGUGAUGGCUCGUGUGGAGUUCAUGUACUCCACUAGCUCAGCUACCAGUGGCAACACUGACCUGGAGCGGGUGUUUUCGCUGCCCAAAGGCAACAUCUUCCACGGAGCGAUGGGCCUGGACCAACUCUUUUGGCUCCGACCUCGGGGCGGGUACACUGACUACCGCACCCCUGUCCGAGGGCUUUACUUGUGCUCAGCUGGAACCCAUCCGGGCGGUGGGGUCAUGGGGGCGAGUGGGCGCAACGCGGCACUUGUUGCAUUGAACGAGUCCGUCUAG